UUAGAGUGCCGACAACUCAUUGUCUGUACAUGAUUACACUUGUUCCUACAUAUAACUAUGCUCAACUCAAAGGCUCGCUUUUUGCCACUUGGCUGGUGCGCCAUCGGCAAUAGCCAGAUAGGGCAUGAGGUCGCUCGUCAGGAACUCACUCGGCCAUUCCCUGCGGAUCUGCGCCUUGAGGUAUUCGACAGCGACGGCAAGAUCCGCCUCCUUCACGCCAGGCGCGAGUUUCUUCACACCCGGCGCGAGGUCGCCGAUGAGCGAGUCGACGAGCUCGACGGUGACCGUCUCCCCCGUGUCCAAGCGCGACCCGUAUUUGACCCAUUGCCACAGCUGCACCCGCGUGAUCUCAGCCGUGGCCGCGUCCUCCAUGAGGUAGUUGAGCGGGAUGCAGCCGUUGCCCCCGAUCCAGGCCGCCGUGUAGGCCAAGGACGUCGACACGUUCUCCUUCACUCCUGCCUCAGUGAUCUGUCCGGGGACGGAGGUGUUCAGCAGAUCAGCAGCGGCAACGCGCACUUCCUCCCUGCGCACAUGGUACUGGCAAGCCAUCAGGAGACCAUACGGGAAGACGGCAACAGGAAGACACACCUGGUUGGGACCAAGCAUGUGUUGAUCGAACACCGGGCGCGCAAUCGACUCGAUGAGCGGGUGGGCAAUCCAGGUCCCGUCGUGACCUGCGAGCACCUCCCGCAGUUUAUCCGCACGGACUUUGUCCAUCGCCACUUCGUUCGCCUUGGCGUCGUUCUUGAUCGGGAUUUGCGCUGACAUGCCACCCAUGGCAGCGACUUUGCGCCUGCGAGCGUUGAGCCAUCAGGAAGCAAGGAAGCAAGGCGGGAGGGAACACACUUGUGACAGGUCUGGAUGAGAAGCCGCACAUACGCGUCCAUGAACCCGACCGUCAUCGUCACAUCCUUGCGAUCCGGGAGCACCGCACUGCGAUCGGCACGCCGCUUCUUGAUGAAGCUGAAAAUGUAGUCCCAUCGCCCACAGUUCAGGCCCGACGAGUGAUUCCGCAGCUCGAACAGGAUUUCCUCCAUCUGGAACGCAGCGGGUAACGUCUCGAUCAGCACCGUGGCGCGGAUGGUGUUGUGCGGGAUCGCGAGAUAGGACUGCGAGAAGAGGAAGACAUCGUUCCAUAGCCGGGCCUCGAGGUAAUGCUCCAUCUUGGGCAGAUAGAAGUAGGGGCCCAGACCACGCUUGACGAGCUCCGCCGCAUUGUGGAAGAAGUACAGACCAAAGUCAAACAAGGAGCCGGACAUGGGAACGUUGUCCACAGUCAACCGGGGCUCGUCGAGAUGCCAUCCUCGUGGACUGGACCGCAGUUAGUCAUCCUGCAACUUUACGACAACGCAAACGCUGUGGCAUCCGUACCGUACGAUAAGGACCGCGGGCUUCUCGCUGAGCUUGUAAGCCUUCCCGUUCGACUCAAAGUCAAUCUCUCGACGAAUAGCAUCGCGCAGGUUAACCUGCCCUUCCACCAGGUUCGAAAACGUCGGCGCGCUCGAAUCUGCAGCGCGAUGUCAAGCAGCCGCAGGGCGACGCACACAAACCGACCGCGCCCAACGCACCUUCGAAAUCCGCCAUAAACGUCUUGGCCCCGCUGUUCAGCGCGUUAAUGACCAUCUUCCGGUCGGUCGGCCCCGUAAUCUCGACGCGCCGGUCCUCGAGCCCCGGCGCAGGCGGCGCGCACUGCCACGACGGCUCCGCGCGAAUGUUCGCGGUCUCGGGAUGGAAGUCGAGCGGUACGCCCGAGUCGAAGCGGCGCUGUGCGUCGUCGCGCGCGUCGAGGAGCUUCCUGCGCGUGGACUCGAAUGUCCGGUGCAGGGCGGCGAGGAACGUCAGGGCGUCGUCCGUGAGGAUGACCGCCUGCGCCUUGGGAGCGACUUUAGAGUGUACGUGCAAGCCCUGGAUCAUGAUAGUGAUAGUUGGAUGUGGAAGAGAGGUGUAUUAGGGGCUACAUUCUUUAUCCAAUCACAUGUCAUGGCAAUCCACGGAACACGGACACGGCUCAGCGAUCCCGCACGGUGGUCCGAAAUUCGUCACGGCUUGCCUCCUAACCCGUACGACGUCGACGACGGGAACAGUAUUGAUUCAUCAUUCCACGGGUGAACGAGAUCGCUAUACUCUCCGUUGGACGUCUCGGGCAUCUACCGGGGACCUCCGUCGCUGACCUUGAGCGAAUGCCAAAUCAGGCAUGGGAAACUACUUGAGCAGCCUGACCUAGACGUCUCCGGGACCGGCGAUGUCGAUUCCCGUACACUCCCAGCAGAUGGUGCAAGCGUAGAUUACAAUGUACAUGUGAAAGUCAACAGAUGCGGAAACGUUUUUGGCGGCUUCGGCUUCGGCAGCUCGAACUACAUGGGCCCGUAUAUAAAUAUCAAGCCGUUCGCGCUGCACGAGACUCACCGGCACUCAUCUCCUUGGCCACGCGCUCGCCCACCUUCAGCACACGCCGGCACGCCAUCUGCCAUACACCCACACUCACAGACCCUGGCACACGGGGAUCGGAGGGACAUUCAGACGGCCAGUCAAAAGACGUACCAGCUGGAGCAAAGGGCAGCGACAGCCACCAUGUCAGCGGGCCGAACCACGUCGGCGGGAGGUAGAACACGGCCGCCUUGCGGUACCACCACCCGACCACGAACUGCAGCCCCGUCGUGAGCACCCAGAUCGCGGUGUUGAACUUGAGCGAGAAGGCCGUCUUGCGGGACGAGAUGUCCCCGUCUAGAGAGUGCGCGCAUCAAUCAGCAACGCGCGAACGCGAUACGGCAGGGCGCGCGUACUGAGUUUCUCGAGAUCCGCCAGCCCCUUGUCCACGCUGCGCCGCAGUUUCGCCCACUUGGCGAACUGGUCCUGUGCGCUCGUGCGUAGAAGCUCAGCUUUGAGCGUGAGGAUGUCGGCCUUGAGCUUGCGCUGCUUCGUCGCCGUCGCGGUGAAGAAAACACGCAGGUACAGCGCAUAGACCUGCACACCAAGCAUUCAGUCCAGCGCACGCACGCGUCGCGAAUGCGAGUGAUGCGCGUACAAAUUCAAGGAGAGCCGAUUUU